AUGCAUGCACCCAAUUCUUUUCUUGUAGACUUCGCCCGCACUUCAUCAAGGAGAGGGCCCCCACCCUCAGCAGCAGCAGGUGCAGCAGCAGCAGCAGCAGCAGCAGCAACAGCAGCAGCAGCAGCAGCACAAGGAAGCCGCAGCAGAUGGAGAGAGAGAAGAGGGGGAGGAGACACCCGAAAAAUUGAAAGUCAAAAUAUUACAGUUUUUGCUUCAAGUAGACAGGAGACUCAAAAGAACAGCAGCAGCAGCAGCAGCAGCAACGGCAACAGCACCAGCAACAGCAACAGCAGCAGCAACAGCAACAACAGCAACAUAAACACUGGAAAGGCAAAUACUUCUGCGAGAAAAAAUAUUAACAAUCAACUGGCUGCAGCGCAGGCUGGAAGCAGCAGCAACAACAGCAGUAACAGCAGCAACAGCAGCAACAGCAGCAACAGCAGCAACAGCAGCAGCAACGCCACUACCCUUCAGCGGGGCCUCCCUGCAGCAGGAAGAAAUGAUCAAUCCGCAACAGCAGCAGCAAACAUCAAAGGAGCAGCCAGAGACCUUAGCAGCAGCAACAGCAACAGCAGCAACAAUAGCAGCAACAGCAGCAACAGCAGCAACACCAACAGCAGCAGCAGCAACAACAGCAGCAGACAGGAAGGCAUCUCCAGCCACCCCAAACCGACGAUAGACAGCAGCAGCAGCAAACACCACAAACAGGAGCACAAAGCAAGAAACGCAGCAGCAGCAGCAGCAGCAGAAACUGAUGCUGCUGCUGCUGCUCCUGCUGCUAAAGGCGGCAGGUGGAGAGCAGAAGACAUUCGCGCAGGCCAACGCGAGCAGCAGCAGCAGCAGCAGCACCAGCAGCAGCAGGCAGUGGAUUUCUGGGGCUUCGGAGCAGCAGCAGCAACAGCAGCAGCAGAGCAGCAGCAGCAGCAGCAGCAACAGGAAGCAGCAGCAGCAGCUGAGCGAUGGGGACAGCCUAUUGGCUUUCCGCCUUCUAACAACAGGCAGAGCAGCAGCAGCAGCAACAACAACAACAGCAGCAGCAGCAGCAGCACCAGCGCCUCUGCUGCAGACGCCCGCAGGCCUAACACCCACAUGAACACCCAGCAAGCAGCAGCAGCAGCAGCAGCAGCAGCAGCAACAGCAGCAGCAGCGAACUGCAUGAGGGCACUGGAGCACUCAGCUAGCAGCGAAGAAGAAGAAGCAGCAGCAGCAGGCUGUAGAGCACAUUAUAUAGGAGGGGAGGCAGAUAGAGAGAUUUGUAUUGCUGCUGCAACAGCAGCAGCAGCAGCAGCAGCAGCAGAUCUGCUGCGGCAGCAGCCUGUUGCCCCUGUAAGCAGCAGCAUCUCUACUGCAUUCUCAGCAGCAACUGCAAGUGAUAGCUGCCCAGGACAUCUAGAAGCAGCAGCAGCAGCAGCAGCAGCAGAUAUAAAAGCAAGCUACACGGAGCUGCAGCACCACCACCAGCAGCACCAGCAGCAGCAGCAAUCGUUUGCUCUUAAACCGGAGACAAACAGCGACUGCUGCGUCAAUCCAGCUGCUGCUGCUGCUGCUGCAGCAGCAACUCAGCAGCAAGAAGAGUUACGAGGAGCAGCAAAACGAGAAGAAGAAGCAAAGGGAGAAAACAGAAGAAGAGAAGCAGCAAAUGGCUGUACUGUGCAAUGA